AGUCAUGAGUCACGUGCUUUCGACUUCCGUAAUGACACAAAUCCAAUAUGGCGGCUGUUCCACCACCACCUCCACCACCGCCUCCGAUUGCAGCAGAGUUCACGGCUCCCCCAGCCCCGCCACCGCCACCUAACCCUGCUCCCGACGUACCCGCAGAAUCUGUCAAUACCCAGCAAAAUUCACAAGCCGCUCCGACUUCCAACAAUGGAGAAAAACUAUGGGAAAGAGCGUGGAAUUUGGAGGAACUUCGGAAAGGAACGAGUAAAUGGACGCUGGCCGCGGAUGCAGGGCUGCUAUUGUAUCUACAACAGUUCUCGCAAAAGAUAGUGUCCCAGACACAUGAGAUUGAGAAAAAAGUUGAUGGACUGGUUGGGAGUACAAAGGGAAUUCAAUCCAAAGUACAGAACACUGUCAAUGACUUUCUGAUGCUUUCCAACACACAGUUUAUUGAAAAUAGAGUCUAUGAAGAAGAUAUAAGUAAAGAGGAAGAACAAGGGAGUGGUCCCCAAAACAACGACAAUACAAAGGAGAAACCCAAGGUCCAGCGUGAAGAGGAUGUAAUCCCACGGAUCAAAGAGGCCCUAAGGCAUGGGAUUGGAGUUAUGGAUGAUGCUUUUAUUACACUGGAGCUCAACACAGAACACGAUUCUGAUGAAGAUGACAAUGCCAAUGUGCAGACAAAGUAUAAACCAGCACCUAUCCUGGAACCAAAGGAUCCAUAUAGUCACCGGCCACUCCCUCACUUGAUUGGCACAGUGGACUUCUACAAGGAUGAGUUGGUUGGGCUGGGAGAAUCAGAGUCAGAAGAUGAGGGAGCUGAGGAAGAGGAGGAGAAGGAGAGUGAAUCAGAAAGUGAGACUGCAUCCUCAGCCUUUGGUAGUGAAGAGUCAGAGUCUGAAUCUUCAAGUGAAUCAGAGACUGAAAGCACAAAGGAGAAAAAAAUGAUUAUAAAGAAGCAGAGAAAACAGGUUUCAAGCUCAGAGGAAGAGAGUGAUGAAGGAGAUUUGUUUGGUGAAAAAAAGAAACCAAAAGACGAGAACGAGGAUGAGGAGGAAAAUAGUGAAACUGAGGAGCAACCAAGAAAGCCUGUUGGUGGCCCAAUAAAUUUUGCUGCUGAGCUGGCAUCAAAGAUAGGUGUGGCCCCACCUCCUGCCGCUGACAGCGAUGAGGAGGCGGCUGAGCCUGGAGCAUGGAGUGACGAGGAGAAAAAGCCACAGCAGCCAGAGAAGCAGCGCUCAGAGACGAACCGCAGCAGAACAGAGAGCAAGGGGAAGAAGGAGAAACACCACCAUCACAAGAAAGGGAGGUCCCGCACAAAGAGUGGUGAAAAGAAGCAUGACAAGAGCAAGAAAGUAAAUGACGAAGAAGAUCUGUUUUCCCAGCCUACAGGUGGGGAUGAUGGUUUGGUUGACACAGAUGGCAGCCCGUUUGCAAAGAAAGGUGGAUUGUUUAGCAGUGGAGGGGGUCUCUUUGAUGACGAUGAUGACAAGGAAGGUGGGCUGUUUGGGGAUGAGAAGUCUGAGAAGUCUAGCAUUAAGAAUGAGCAAGAUGAAGAGGAAGAAGAGGAGGAAGAAGAAAUCAAAGUCGUCAAGCCUCGUGCUAGAAGCACUGCAAGUGGGAAAAGAAUACCAGCUGGUGCAGUCUCCAUCUUUGGAGAUGGCUUUCUGCCCGCAUCUCCUGCCAAACAGGAUUCCAUGCCAUCCACACCGGAAGACAAGCCUGCCAGAAAGCAGACCAGUCAGGGUGGUGGCGGCCUAUUUGAUGAAGAUGAGGAUGAAGGUUUAUUUGGUUCUGGUGCAAGUCAAAAGAAACCAAGCAAUGACGUGACCCAGUCUGCUCAAAAGAAGCCACCAGUUGAUCUGUUUGGGGGAGACAAUGAGGAGGAGGAAGAUGAUCUGUUUGCAGGCAAAGCAAAGCAAGAACAAGCCCCACCCCAGAAAAAGCUGCCAGCAGGGGCAGUCCCUAUGUUUGGUGGAGUGUCGCCUUUAUCAAAGAAAGCAACACGGUCCCCAUCUGUUGAAGAAGUCAAGCCUUCCCCAGAACAGCAAACAACUAAGCCCAAAUCAGGGGGAGGAUUAUUCAGUGAUGACGAUAAGGAGGGAGGAGUAGGUGGGGGAGGACUGUUUGCUGCCCCUAAACCCAAGCAGGAGCCAAAGUCAAGGGCCAAAACAACUAUUAGCCUGUUUGAUGACGAUGAGCAGGAUGAUGAUGAUGACUUCUUUUCACCCCCACCCACCACUAAACCCGCAAGUACAAAGAAAGAAACAAAACCAGAGGUGGCCAAACAAGAGCAAAAGUCAAAGCCUGCAGCAUCAGGACUGUUCGAUGAUGAUGGAGAGGACUUGUUUGACUCCCCCGCACCCACGAGAAAAGCAUUUGACACGACACCGAAGGAAACUGGCAAGCCCAAGCCACAGAUGCCUUCCCUAUUCUCGGACGAAGAAGAUGAUGGGAUGUUUGGUGGAGAAGCGGAAGAUCUCUUUCAAGCGGGCACCCCCAAGAAACCAGAGACGAAGACAGCACCGAAAAAAGCGCCAACUUCUGAGAGUACGGCAGCGGCGAAACCUAACAAGCCAAGUCUCUUCAGUGAUGAAGAAGAAGACUUGUUUGGUGGCGGAAGCAAAUCUGAAGCCAAACCAGCCGCCCAAGAUCCUGAAACUGAAAAACCGGAGGCGGAAGUCAAGAAGCCAUGGAAGCCAGCAGGAGGAGUGUCCUUGUUUGGCGGCGUCGACAUGUUCGCAGGAAAGAAGCCCUCGUUUACAGAAAGCGAAGAUGACUCGCCUAAAGCCUCGGAGAAGCCGAAACAAGCGGCACCGGCCAAAGUCCCGGAGCAAAAGAAAACAGUAUUUGCAUCAGAUGAUGAUGACGACGAAGACGACUUCUUUGGCAAGCCUCAACCCCCGCCAUUAUCAGAAAGCCCCGCACCAACACUCUCUGCCCCUGCCUCCAUGCCAGUUCCCACUCCAGCUGUCCCCCCCGCCAAGACCAAGGCCGCUCCCAGCCUGUUUAGUGACGAUGACGAAGACCUAUUUGCCGGGAAGGAAGAUCCCCCGCCACUCGCCUCGCCACCAGAGCAGCCUAAGAGUAAAAAGCCUGCCGGAGCAGUGUCUAUGUUUGGUGGAGUCGAUCUGUUUGGUUCGAUCCCCAAAUCUUCCGCUCAGAAGCCUCUGAAAUCGGCCGCGAAAGCUGUAGAGAAACCAGCGGCAGCGACGAAAAUUAAAGAUCCUCUUGGAGGUCUGUUCGGCGAAGACGAGGAAGACAGUCUUUUCGCUGCAAAACCCAAACCACAGGCUGCAGCAUCUCCCAAACCUGUAGCCAAACCUAUCCCCGCCUCUCCACCCUCCACGGGUAAACCCUCACCUCCCCCACUAGGAGAGUCACCGGCAUCCAACACCAGUCCUCCUUUGAUAUCAGCGGCCAAAUCAGAGUCUAGCAUAGGCAAGCUACAGAAAUCAUUAGCGUUUAACCCUGCAAUGUUGCAACCUGGUGGCGCCCCUCCCCGCAAGGUCGCGGACACAGCUGCCGCAACAUUUGAUAAGCCGGCCGAGGAGAAGACACUAGAGAAUGUUGGCAAGGACCGCGCGCGAAUCCAGGUCAGGCGUCGACCCCCGACUCGUAACGCGCGCCGCUCGGCCGCCGUAGCUAGCGCCACCGAUGAGUCUCUCUUUGGUUCCCCGCUAGCCCCAGGCUCUCCACCGCCGCUCACCGCAUUGGACGACAGUUAUACCGUCACCAUUCAGGUAGAAUCGAACCCAGAUCUCCCGGAUCUUUCGCGUAAGGGUACCCGUGACUCCGACAUGAGUGAUGAGUUCUUUGGUUUCGCGAGCUCUAAGACCACGAAGGAGAAGUCUGUGAGCUCGAAUGAGCCUGAUGAAAUGUUUGCAGCGUCUUCUAAAGCCAAAUCUCCUGAUCUGUUUGGUGGGGAUGUCUUAGCGAAUGAAACGACAACAGAAAAAAAUCAGACUCAAAAGACAGACAGAGUGGAAGAUUUAUUUGGCUCUUCAAGCAAUGGAAGCGUUGCCAAAAGGGACAUGCCUGUAUCCAAGAAGAACGAUAAGACCUCUUUAUUCGAUGAUGAUUUAUUUGGUAGAGAUUCCCAGAAAUCGAUGACGAACCCACUAAAAGAUAACGAUUUAUUCGGUUCAACCACUGCACCAACAAUUAAUAGCAAAAAAAAGACGAACACUGAAGUUUCAACAGACAGUGAUUUUUUUUCUGGCAAGAAACAGAACACUUCCAAUGACAUUGAACAAGGGACUCGAUCACAACUAAAAGAUGAGGAUCUUUUUAGUUCUUCUAAGUCAGACAAUGGUAAUAAGAAAGCAACAACAAAGGACAAUGAUUUGUUAGAAAAUAUAGAGAAGAAACCUAGUGUUGCACCAAUCGAAUCGGCUAAAUCGUUAGACGAGGAUGAUUUGUUUGGAGCUGCAAGUGGGACGAAAAAGACUGUAUCCCAAGCGAAGACGCAAAAAAAGAAAGCUAAACCUGCUGGUGAUGAUGAUGACGAUGAUUUAUUUACGGUUAAGAAAGUCGAGCGGAAGCCGCGAAAAGUAAACAAGCCACUUGGUGAUGACGACUUGUUUGGUGACUCGGGCGACAUCUUUGCUGAUGUUCCCAGCAAACCAAAGGAAAAGAAGAAAAAGAAACCAGCGGCAGCAUCGGCCAGUGAAGACUCCAUUUUUGAUGAAAAACCUACCUCCGACAAGACGACUAAAAAGACUAAAGCCAAAAAAAAACCCGAGAAGAAACCGGCGAAAACCACAUCCAUAUUCGACGAGGACGCUCCAAACAUAUUCGACGAUCCACUUAACGCUACAUCUAAAUGAUAUAAUAAAGAACCUUGUGAUCUUAACCGGAAGUGAAAAAAACAAGAAAUGCCAUGUACUGAUGGACUUUCCUAUCCCGACCGGAUGUCAAGAGCAUCAAUAGAUGCCAGCAUACAGACGACCCUGUUAUUCCGACCGGAAAUAUGGAACGUACGGAAAAGUAUGUGAAGUUUAAAAGAACACUACUCUGUAAUGUCGACCGGAAGUGAAGAGCGUGAUGUAUAUACAAAGGACUCUACUUUGUCGACUGGAAGUGAAGAGCGCGUCAGAUAGUGUAAAAAAGUGGACUCUAUACUUUGUUGACCAGAAGUGAAACGCUUGAUGUAUAGAAUAAAGAGGAGGACUCUACUAGGUCGACCAAAAGUGAAAGGCACGGAAGAUGGUCGUAUCGUAGAAGGUAGGCUUUGGUUAGGUAUAGGUAAUUAUCGCGUCUUUCAUAAGGGAGAAUGACAUACAGAGUAAACUGAUACAGCCUAAGCUAAACCGCUUUCGAUACACCCAUUUUUGUUGGAUAGAGAAAUUACAGGGUGUGAAAGAAAGUGGAGGUAGCGGGUAUGUUGGGUGUUGUUUAAUAAAUAUCUCACAACUUGCGUUUUUCAGGAGAAAAGGAUCGGGAGUUAGGCUUCAAAAAUAGCGCGAGCUCCCUCUUACUUGGUGUUUUAAGCAAGGUUAUACGGUCAGGAGGGAGUACAGGCGGCCGCGUUGCAAUGGCUUAUACUGACAGGAAGGGGGGGAGGGUGGGGCUCGCCUACCUCUUAGCCACGCUACGAACAAAAUACUGACAGGAAAAGGGGGAGGGUAGGGCUCGCCUACCUCUUAGCCACGCUACGAACAAAAUACUGACAGGAAGGGGGGGGGGGGGGAGGUGGGGCUCGCCUACCUCUUAGCCACGCUACGAACAAAAUACUGACAGGAAAAGGGGGAGGGUGGGGCUCGCCUACCUCUUAGCCACGCUACGAACAAAAUACUGACAGGAAAAGGGGGAGGGUGGGGCUCGCCUACCUCUUAGCCACGCUACGAACAAAAUACUGACAGGAAGGGGGGGAGGUGGGGCUCGCCUACCUCUUAGCCACGCUACGAACAAAAUACUGACAGGAAGGGGGGGAGGGUGGGGCUCGCCUACCUCUUAACCACGCUACGAACAAAAUACUGACAGGAAGGGGGGGAGGUGGGACUCGCCUACCUCUUAGCCACGCUACGAACAAACUAUCUUGAGAAACUUUUGUUCAAUUUCUUUUCUGAGGUAAAAACUCAGGAAGCAGGAUUGAACCAAGCUUGUAUGCGGCGCUCUGGUUCCAUGUGUGAUUUCUAGUGUUUUGACCUUUCCUUAUCAAGUGCGGUUUGAAUUCGAUAAAAAAUGAUAAAAAUCGAGAGAGAAAAGUAAUUAAAAUUGCUAUAUGCAUGCACUGCGAAUCGCUGUAACAUAUCACCAAUUUGUAAAUGAUCACUCAAUGACUGUAAUAAAGUACAUUUUUAUAA